AUGCUGGAUCAGUAUUGCUGGCAAAGACCCCCGGUGUUUAGAGGAAAAGCGGGAGACGACCCCAGUACAGCCGAGUACUGGAUGGAGCAAACUAAGAAGCUACUCCAACAUCUGCAGUGCAGUAACGAAGAGAAGGUUAACUACGCUACAUUCAUGCUCGAGGAAGAGGCUGCACGAUGGUGGCAAUCAGCCCAACGAGCCCUACAAAGGACACCCAGGCAGGCAGCACAAGAUCUAAGGCCGAGACAAGCUCAGGCGAUAACCUGGGAAGCAUUUAAGGAAGUUUUCAAUGCUAAGUACUUUCCCCAAAGCUGGAAGGAAGAGAGAACUUGGGAAUUCAUGAACUUAAAGCAGACUAACGAAAUGUCAGUAACCCAAUACGAUGUCAAGUUCACCCAACUGAUCAGAUACAUGCCUAUGUACGAAACAGACGAAAGGCAGAAGGCGCAGAAAUUCAUGAGUGGAUUAAAAGUGGAUCUACAACAAGUUCUCAGCUCAUGUACCAUCAACACUUACAACGAGGCGCUGGAUAGGGCUCUGACCACCGAGAUGAAUCUACUGCGUGUAGGAUUGAUAAGAUCCGAUGAAAAGAAAAGAGAUUUGAAAGCCCCAUAG